AUGCGGACCCAUAACAGAGAUCAUACCCCAGAACCUGUUCCUACUCCGGGAGUACCUCUUGUACCGACCAGUCCUCCCAGAGCUCCCCGGACAGGGGCCAAUCGCACUCAGUCUCGUGAAGGAGAGGUUUCUAAUGCUGAAUUCAAACAAUCUAUUCAUACGCUUGCACAGCUGGUAGCCGCACAGACUCAGAGGUUGGAGGAUACUGGGUCUGCGUCUGUAACUUCUGAAGUUACUAGAGUAGGCCAGUUCAUAAGGAUGAACCCACCCAAGUUCUCUGGCGCUAAGGUAGAAGAGGACCCGCAGGAGUUCGUAGAUGAAAUGGAGAAGAUUUUCAAAGUAAUGCAUAUUGAUCAGGUAGAGGGUGUUAAGCUAGCAGCAUACCAGCUAAAGGAUGUAGCGAACCAAUGGUACAACGAGUGGGAAGUUACAAAGGGUGACAGUGCUGAGCCCACAGAGAUGCUAAACAGGGAUAUGGACUUUGCUAGACUGUCAGUCCACAUACAGCAAGUUAAGGAGAAGAAGAAGAAGAAAGCUAAAUCUAGGGAAAAAGACAGGCGGGCAAAAAGAGCCAGAGCGACAGACCAGAGUCAUAGUCAGCAACAGAGUGGUAAUUUGGGCGGUAAAUGCCAGGCCAUAUCCAGAGAGACUGUCCGGCAGCAAAGAGUAAUGUUGGAGGAGCAGGCAAAUUCAUCUGCACCACCACCUCAGAAGGGUGCCACUUCAGACUCUAGAAACGGUCAGAACCGGUUGUAUGCUUUGACCAACCGCCAGGAGACAGAGGCCUUACUAGAUGUAGUCACCGGUAUGUUGCAAAUCUUUUCUCGUGAUGUCUUUGAGAAGUUGAAAGACAAGUUAACUGCUGCUCAUGUUCUGACUCUUUCGAAGGGUACAGAAGGUUUUGAUGUAUACUGUGAUGCAUCUCGAUUGGGACUUGGGUAUGUCCUUAUACAGCAUGGUAAGCUUUGCCUGCCUCAUGUCAUGGCUGGAGGCAGUGAAGGAAUAAUUUAUCUGAGUCUUCGUGCGUAA